UACAAUUUAUUUCAAUAUGAAUUCCUCAAUUUUUUUUAAAUAUAUGCCAAAAUUUAAAGUAUUUGCAAAAAUUCAACCGCAUCGCUUGCGCAGUGAUUUAUCAGAAGUAACACACACGGGCCAGGUAUGGGCGGAAGAUGAUUAUCGUAACGUUCGUUUUACAAAUGCCAAACGUUGGGUUAACAAAAAUUGGGGCAUGGUAUAUGCGCACCAAAGGGAGCCCAUCAUUUGUUCUGAGCGCAUAGUUUAUUGUAAUGGUGAUGGCCCCUUAGGACAUCCAAUAAGCUAUAUAUGUUUGGAUAAGCCUGGAAAACACUGGUGUCAUUAUUGUUUGAAAUCAUUCAUACGCGAGCAAAAGAAGAAGUGAAACACAAUAAAAGAUUAUAUUUUGGAUGCCUGUACUAAACUAAGUUUGAACAUUUGGAACACUUUUUAGUGCUAAAAUCAAACACAAGCUUAAUUGCACACGUAAAUAUAUGAAAGUGUGUAUGUAUUUAUUAUAAGCAAAUACAUACAUUUUUAUAAUAU